UUUUUUCACCGUGGGCGGAAAUGAGGUGAAGCGUUUCCGCCUCGCGGAGGGAUAGCUAUAUAAGGAUCGCAGGGCGGCCGCCGGAUCCUCUUUCGCCUCUUCUUGAGCGCCGAAAUGACCAAGAAGAGAAGGAAUAACGGCCGUGCCAAGAAGGGCCGGGGUCAUGUCCAGCCUAUUCGCUGUACCAAUUGUGCCCGCUGCGUCCCAAAGGACAAGGCCAUUAAGAAGUUUGUCAUCCGAAACAUAGUAGAAGCAGCCGCAGUCCGAGAUAUCUCGGAAGCAAGUGUGUUUGACUCAUAUGUGCUGCCCAAACUCUAUGUGAAGCUUCACUAUUGUGUUAGCUGUGCCAUCCACAGCAAGGUGGUGAGGAACCGUUCCCGUGAGGCCCGGAAGGACCGUACCCCUCCACCCCGGUUCAGGCCUGCUGGUGCUGCACCAAGACCACCCCCUAAGCCUAUGUAAAGAGAUGGUUUGAAUGAUGCCAGUUUCUACUAUUGACACAAUAAAUUUACAGCUGGUCUUUA